AUGACCGACGGAGUAAUAUUAUCCCGCUCCGGUAUUAGUCAUAGCCACAUACAGCUUAGCGCCAACGCCCGAAAAUCGCAUUGUGCGCAAGCCAUCUUUGGGCUCACUCGGGAGGGUCUUGGCGGGUGCUGGUGCUGUGUUACAUCAUCUUCACGGCCAGGAUCCCCCACCUUCAAACCUCUUCAUGCGCCCUCAGCUAUUAUUAGACCGCUGAGACGGGAACAGCCUUCAGGUCGCUUUGGUCUUUCUGGCCUCCAACACUUCCUCGCUGCGUCCUUGGAGACCACACCCCCAGCGCGCCGUUCUGCAGCCACUCCAUUCUCGAUGGUAGAACGCAACUCUUCUCAGACGGAACCUGAUCCAAUCACCUGUGGUUCUCCAACACAUGGCCUCCCAUCGCCGCCAUCUUUGCUGCCGGCCACCAGUCCCCCAGAGCAGCCCUGCACCAGCUCAGCCGAUGCUCCUGAGCACCCUCUCCCAGGAUGCCAUUCGAGCAGCCUUGUGGGCCAAGGUCCGGUGAUGCGGAAUCUCAACGCCGCCCCCAACGGUGACUCUGCGAGAUUGUUAACGACCUCUCUGCCAAAGGAACCCUCAACACCUGUUCAAAGGACGCCCACUCUGAGCGUUCGCACGGAUUUCGGCAGCACGCAAAUCAUGGCUCCAGGCUCCCGGCCAGAUCAUGACGUCCCGCUGCGGCCUAGUCGAUCAUCCACCAGUCUGCCCCGCAGAACGUCAAGCCUCCGCGCUGCGUUGGCUGCUCCUCAGUCCAGCACAGGUUCCCUUUCACCUGCCUCCGUGUUUUCGUCUCCGCAGCUUGCAGCCCUGACCGACAUCACUCCCCUACCCUCGCCCAUCCAUGGCAAUGCGUCCUGGCGCUCCGGUAGCUCCCACUCACUUCCGCGGUCUCCGUCAACGGCCUCAUAUCGUGGCUCAACCUUUAGCCUCAAGUCAUUGGACCCUAACAGGCCGCCGAGGUCGUCGUCCGGUCAACGUCGAACGUGUGACCGGCCCCCGAGUCAGGAAAAGGUCCCUAUAAAGAAGGAAAAUGUACAUAUGAAAGUUCCCAAAGCUGGCCACGCGCGCAACCGGAGCCUUAGCGACUGCGUCUCACCUCCACCGCGGCGGACUGUGCAGAAUAAGCUGCAUCGGGAGGAGUACCUUGCCGUGCAACGCGGUAUCGCCUUGCCUCAUGCACACCCUCCGUCUCCACCUAGCACUCGACGCGGUGAGGACAGCAGUGAAAGCGUUGGUCCCCUUUUACUUGGCCCAAACCCGUCUUCCACUCAGGUGUACAACGUCAAAUCGAUCCGCACGCAACAGCACCGGAGGUAUAGAUUCGUCCGCCAACUGGGCCAGGGAACCUUUAGCCAGGUGGUUCUUGCUGUUAGGGAAGAACUUCCAGAAGUAGAGCAAGAUGGGAGCAACGAUAUGUCGGUACAACCGCGCCUGGUUGCCGUAAAAGUCGUCGAAUACGGCCCCGCAGGCGGGGCUGAUGAGGAAAGAGUUGAAGUGUCCUUAAAGAGAGAAGUGGACAUUUUGAAAUCUGUUAAUCACCCUUCGAUGAUCCAACUAAAAGCAUUUGGUAACGACGACAAAAGAGCUUUCCUGGUCUUGGAUUACUGUCCGGGGGGUGACCUAUUCGAGUUCGCGAGCCAAGGACCCAAUUCCUUGUCUCCGCAAUCGAUACGGAGGAUAUUUGCGGAGCUGGUCGCUGCGGUGCGUUAUUUGCAUCAAAAUCAAAUCGUUCAUCGGGACAUUAAAUUGGAGAAUGUGCUCCUGAAUAUUCCAGCUAUGAUGAUGCAGGACGUUCUUGAUUGGCAAAAGUAUCCACGAGCAGCUGUUACCCUCACCGAUUUGGGCCUUUCUCGGCGUAUUCCACAGCCUCCGCAGAGCCCUCUGCUCCAUACACGUUGCGGGUCUGAAGACUACGCUGCCCCAGAGAUCCUCAUGGGACAAGCGUAUGAUGGCCGUUCUACAGAUGGUUGGGCUCUAGGAGUCCUUCUCUACGCGAUCGUGGAGAAUAGGCUUCCGUUUGACCCGCUGCCUGGCACCAGAGGGGAUCCCGCGAAGCUGCGUGCUCGUACGCCACAUCGUAUCGCUCGAUGUGAAUGGAGCUGGUAUCGAUACGGCGAUGAAGAUGGGGAAUGGGAUCCUGCAAAAGGGGCUGCAUUUGACGGCGCGCAGCUCUGUGUGCAGGGCCUGUUGAAGAGGAGCAGUCGCCGCAUAGGGCUGGACGAGAUUGCGAAGAUGAAAUGGGUAAGUGAAGCAAUCAAAGUCCCAGGAGGGUUGAAGAGAGGGGAUUUCGAGGUGCCCUAG